AUGGGAAUCGCAAAGAAAACCCGCAAGUUCGGCCAUGUUAAAAAAAUAAUCAGCCAAAAGGACAACCGACUGAAGCAAAACCAGGCUAAAGCUGAGGAAAAGAAAGCAAAGGCAGACAAUGUUGUCCGGGAAAUACCUCAAGCUCCGUCUGCACUAUUCUUCCAGUUCAAUACCUCACUCGCGCCUCCAUAUUCAAUCUUAGUCGACACCAACUUUCUCUCCCACACCGUGCAACAUAAACUUGAUGUUAUACCAAGUAUGAUGGAUUGUCUUUUUGCGAAAUGUAUACCCAUUAUCACGGAUUGCGUACUAGCCGAGUUGGAGAAGCUGGGGCCAAAAUACCGCCUUGCUCUGCGAAUAGCAAAGGACCCUCGAUUCGAAAGAGUCAAAUGUGACCACACCGGCACGUACGCUGAUGACUGCAUUGUGGACCGUGUCAUAAAACACCGAAUUUAUAUUGUUGCGACGAACGAUCGUGAUCUAAAACGACGGAUAAGAAAAAUCCCUGGAGUACCGGUUAUGAGUGUUGCCCGGGCUAAAUAUGUCAUUGAACGGCUUCCUGACGCCCCCGAAAAGUGA